CGGUCGGUCCGCCCCUCUCCUCCCGACUCACUUCGGCUGUUCUCGUGGCGGAGUAAAAAGAGAAAAAGAGAGGGUGAGACUGGUCGUACUGGGAAGGGGGGAAAAAAAGUAAACGAAAUAAAAUAUUAACACCCUUCAGCGAAAAGUGAAAGCGUUACGACUCGGCAGCUUUUGAAGUCGGCAGCGAGGUUCCAACGAGGAGCUGUUUUUAAAUGUAUUUCACGGCGUAACGUUAAAACACAUUGAGUGUAGUUGUGAUAUUGCGCCGAGGGAAACGUCUCCUCCCCCCCAGUCUGUUGACGGAUACAGGAGACGCGGCUGGACCUGACUGUACGUGACCCGGCCAGUGUUGUGUUGCCCAGGAUGUCUUCGAAGGCUCACAGUUCCAACAACAUCGCCCAUGCCCGACGAACGGUGCAGCAGCUGAGAAUAGAGGCGAGCAUUGAGAGGAUAAAGGUAUCCAAGGCCUCUGCAAUCCUUAUGAGCUACUGCAGCGAACAUGCCAGAAACGACCCUCUCCUCAUGGGCAUUCCCGCCUCAGACAAUCCCUUCAAGGACAAAAAACCCUGCACUAUAUUGUAGGAGACGCCACUUAAAAUUCACGUGUUUAUUUUUUUGCUUAUUAAUGUUGCUGUAUUCUUUUCGUUGGGAGGAGUCAGGGUUGGACUGUGAUCGUAUUAUUUCCAUAUGUUCCACUGUUCUGUUAUUAAGUCAGCACGUCAACCAGGAUUGUCCUCAAAAACAUCCGUUUGUGAUGGAAAAAGGAAGACCCCACUAGUGCCACUGUUCAGUUUGACCUCUGACCCCCAACUCUGAGAAUGUGGCUGCAUGAGUUGCAUAUGCAUCAGGUACAGAACGAUGUAUUCUUCUCCUCAGUGGAGGAUUUGGUCCUUCCCACUGCAUGUACUGCCAUUGGGCAGUUCUGUUCCUGUCUCUCUGGUUUGCCUUAAGUGAAGAGAUUCAUACAGCCAAAGUUUCCUUUCAGUGCUUUAAAAGCAUAUUACGGUUAAGAUGGAUAAUAAAGGCUCUUAUCGUGUGGCUUCAGACUUGCCAAUACUCCAAUGUUAUCGUGAUGUAUCAUUGAUUAGGGGACAGUAUUGUCAAUAAAUCUGGUGUGAAAUUCAGAUACACAAAAGUAUUCGCCAACCCCGCAUCGACUGGUCCACGACAAUCUGCAUACGGUUUAAUCCAUCGUUUUCCUGUCUGGUAUUCACAGUAUGACUCCCACGAUACAGUGUCGUCCACAAUUGAUUUAAUGAUUUGAAUUCCAUGUAAACAUCUUUUAAUCCAAUGUCAUCUACACUCAGAUUGAAGCCAUUGGUAUAAUAUGACCCCGGUGCUGUGAUGCUUUUGUCGGCUGUACAUGUAAAAUACAGAGUGAUUGCAGCAAAAAUGAAAAUGCUUUAUCACAUAUAAUGCAGUGCAGAGUUCUAAUUAUUUUUUACUUUUAGGUGUCAGCUGACAUUGUGUGCAGGGCAACACUGUGUAAUAAAGACCCUGGGACCAAGCCAAACCAAUGAUACUAUGUAUAAAAACAUCUAGAUAUGCACCUGAAUGAAACUAUUUGUAGACAUUGCUUCUGGAAAAUGUCUGGUACGAUAUUUUUAGGACACUGACGCCUUGAAGCAUGUGUUGCACAAUACUGUGAGCCGUGCUUACGGGCUCAUUACAAGUGUCUUAGGAAAUGUGCAUAUCGUUGUCUUAAAAUGUUUUUGGUACAGGUGCAGUGUCCAUUGAUGAGAAAACCACUCUCUGCUCUCCACUUGUUCACGUUUCUUUUAUUUAAACUAAACAUUUGUGUGGGGGUCUUUAAUCGUCAGUUUAACAUGUCCUUCAUGUUGGGAUUCUUUGGGAGGACUUAUCUACAUGGUAAAUGUAACAAAAGACAGAAUAAAUAGCAUAAAGUAGGAAUGUCUUACACUCUAAAGCCUUACUUAUGUUUGCCUUGUAUCAUGAUGCAUACUCUAACUGGGAGUGCUUUCUUUAACAAAAAAAAAAAAAAAGAAGAGAUUUAUCCGUGGGUUGAAAGUGAUUUGUAACAAUAUCGUGCCAUCUGUUUCUGUCUACAUGUUACAAGCAAAACAAAACAGUAAACUGUGUUUCACUUAACUGGUGCUCCGCUUUUCAGCAGUGUUGGUAUUGUUGCCCUCUCCAAAGGGGACUUUUCAGGUCUUCAAAUCAACAAGAUCUUGUGUUAUUAUCCAGUUGUAUUUUAAAUGAUUGCCUCUCUUAACAGUCAGUUUUCUUACUUGCAAUAAAUCCUUCUGUAUGCCUCUUAAGGACCAGUUCGGCUUACUACUGUCACGAUUUCUGUCCAUUCAGCAACUCUGUAAAAGCCUUAUUGUUACAUCGAUAGCUUAAUUUAACUGUCAGAAGCUACGUUUUGGUAAAUGUCUUUAUUAAUAUACCAACCUUUGUAUGAAGACUUAACUAAGAUUAAUAAAGUGAAGCAUUUCUAAAGUAAAAUACUGUACUGAUAUCUCAAUAAAGAUGUGUUGUGCUGCACAUUCAGAUGAUUUGAA